AUGAAGAGGAUUAUGAGUGCAGUUAGGGCGGCUGUAGAGAAUCUUCCUUGGCGCUCCCUGCUGGUGGCGAUAGGAACUGCAACCCCUGUAGUCAUUGUUUAUUAUUAUGUUAAUUGGGACAAUGAGGAGGAAACGACAGAGAACACAGUGGACACCACCGGCCCCGUAGUGUUCGCUGAAAACAGGUGUGAUAACUGUUUCCCCCUGUGCAGUAACUUACAGUUAAGAGUGAGAGUAAUCGAGCAGACGAGCCGAGUGGAGCUUGAGGGACCAGAACCGACCCUGACCCAACUCAGCACCCAGGUCAAAGAGGUCGUGCUGCCUUCAGCUGGACUCAGUAACAGCAACGUUUCAGCUGAUCACAACACAACUCAGACACAACACAACUCACAACUCCAGAGUCCCGCUGGAUUAUCUACACACCAGUCAGACACCAGCAGCAGCCAUGAGAGCCCAGACAGUACUUGUGCUACAUGUGAGACUGAGGAGACUGAUAUGGACAGAGGUGAGGCUGAACAGGAGGCAAUGGGGCUCUUCAUCCCUGGGCCCAUGCUGUGCUGUGAAGCUGAGGAAGAUAAGGUUCCUCCCUCUCUAGAGACACUGUACCAGACUGUGCAGUGCAACAGCACCUCGGACUGCCUGCUGUUAGCAGCCCACGUGUUACUGCUAGAGACCGGCUUCUUGCCACAGGGUUGUGACGUCAGAGCCGGAGAAAUGCCCAAUGACUGGCAUGCAAUAGAUUGUCUCUGCAGGCUGCAGUACUUUCACCCGUUCUGUGAGAACAGCCCAGUUCAGAUGGUUGGUGUGCUGAAGGGCCAAACACUUAUUAUAAAGACCAUCAUGAAGACAAAUGGUGCAGAGGAGUUUUCACAGAAGCUGGCACUGAAUCCUGAUGAUUAUGUGACUAAGGAGUGGGCAGGUGGAAAUGCUGGACUGGUCUACAGAGAUAUACAGAAACUGUCUCAUGUUUUUAAGGACCAGUUGGUUUACCCACUCAUUGCAAGAGCUAGAGAAGCACUGGGUCUGCCUGCACUGUUUGGUCUGACUGUGCUGCCCCCUGAGCUGCUUUUAAGGAUAUUGCGGCUGCUGGAUGUUCCAUCGAUCCUAAAGCUGUCUGAAGUAUGCAGAUACCUGCACUCUGUAACUCAUGAUGCCUUACUCUGGAAACACUUUGUGUACCGUGACUUUGGAGCUGACACUGAGCACAGAAACACAGACUGGAAAGAGGUUUACAAAAAGAAAUUUAAGCAAAUGAGGCAUAACCAUUUCGGUAUUCCCCCAUAUUAUUACUACAUCAACGAUCCCUUCCCUGAUCUACCAAAUUCUUCCAAUUUCCCUCACGGCGUCAUCAGAGCAGAGGACUAUCAGAGACUUGCUCUUUUUCAGGCCAUCCUGCCCCGCCAUCACUAUGACCUUAUUGGCCGGUUUCUAGGUUACGAUCCGCCAGUGGGACACCAUUUGCCGAGGCCAGGGAGGAGACAAGCGGCACACUUCAGAAACCCACAGGACAUUACGGAAUAAACUAAAUAUGUUAUAAAAACAUGUUUUAUGUGAAAACAGCAACUAAAUUAAACUUACAUCUUAUAUUAAUCUGA